AUGGCUGAACGUUCCCCGCUCACUGUCAUCCAUGAAAACCUAUCGAAGAUUGGUGCUAUUCCUCUGGAGGAAUACCUCGCUGCCGACCUUCCCACUUUCCAGCCGGUCUGGGAUGUCUCCUCCGGCUUCAACAAGUAUUCGACGCCUACUGGUGAUUUGAAGCUGAUCUCGCAGAGAGCGGGUGAUGAAUGUCAAAGCGAUGGCGAGCUGCAUCCCAGUGAUUCUGCGAGACUCUCGCGUACCGACACGUCUAGUGAACCUAAUGCUCAAGAGCCGGACACUCAGACGGAAGAUGGACCAGUCAUGCGCAUUGCAAAUUGCUGCACGGAAUGGAGGGCUGGUUUGGUUGAGCCUACUUGGUUGCCAAUGCACCGGUAUGGCGAGAGACUCCGUAUGUUCGGUUGUGCACUCCAGAUCAAGUUGAGUCCCGAAUGUCAGCGCGGUUACUCCGUCGAUAUUCUAUACCGUACCCUCGAAGAUGCCACAAGAGCGUGUGCUACCCUGGCGAUUGACCAGGGCGUGCUUGACUUCAUAAAGUAUGGAAACGGCCAGCUGCAGCCAACGCCGCGCACUUCACGGAGUUUGGACGAUGUCUCGACUGAUCGGACACGAAGGAGAUUCGCAUCGAUACAAGAGUUCGCCGAAUCGAUUGGAAACCCAAAGACGGACCACAUCCCCACCAAUUGGCUGAACAAGAUAAUGACACGUGCUCAUGGGGGCUUGCAGGCAAAGUUCAUAGUGAUAUCAGAACCUACCAGUACCACGGCCUGCCCUGGCUAUCUACAUGGCUGCGUACUGCGUCUGACGCGGCCGUCCGGUCAGCCUCUCACGUACAUCCUUGAGCCCGUCUUGCAGAAGCAAGAGGACGUUAAGAAUGCAGUCUGCCUGGUGGCGGCGACGCAAGGUGUGGAGGACUAUAUCGCAUCCGUCGCAAAGGAGGUCGAAAGUAGGGUGACGCCUGAGAUGAGACGGCUGGCACACGACACCGUUUUACCGCUCCUCACUGCCGAAGUCAAGGCACUACCUUCCGCGAAAAUUGAGUACAAGUACUCUCGAUCCCAUGAUGCAUGCGGCUGCACUAUGAACGUCAGUUUUGCUAACCCCUACUCAAUGCCAGAAUGCUCGCGAUCGUUUACCGUUUCAGUGGAAUAUAAAGGCGCAACCGAUGCGAAAGUCGCCGCGCUCUGUCGUGCCUAUGAGGAAGGAGUGAUAGAGUUUCUUCGCUUUCGUGGUCAGAAACCUUCACCCCAAUCUAAGACUGACCUUGCUGUCGCUGGGCCCAGCAGCCAGGCCACCGCGUCAAACAGACUCGGUAGGAAGCGCAGAGCGGAGGAGGAGGGGACGCAUGCGAACGCUUCAGGCAAUAAGAAAGCCAAAUCUGUCAUGAUCAGUGGCGCUCCCGCCGAAUCCGUGCGACGAGGAAAGAGGCGCGAAGACCUACGGGCUAGGUCCUCUGCGAUACAAACAGGCUCAGCACCGCCUUAUCAUGUCCCUUAUGCCAUUCCUGGUGCUGUUGCAAUAACUCCGUACCCUCCUCCAACGAUUGCACCGCACCCCGCUCAGUUUAGCCAUCCAGGUUACCCUCCUGUGUAUGGCCCGCCUGUACACUAUCCCGCUCCACCUCCACCUCCACCCUGGCCGAGGGGGCUAUACCCUCCCAUGCCUCCUCCGGGGGAACCUCCGGGUGCGCGGUCGCGCAGCUCUUAUGGCUAUCGAUGAGAGUUUCGCUUCUGGGUGUCAGUCCAUAUUACUUGGCAUAUCUUCGC